AUGGCGAUAUCGCACGUUCUCGUGGCCUCGGCCUGCUUGAUGGGUCUAGCUGGGGCCGGAGUCGUUCGUGGAGGGCACGGCGGAUACGGCGACGAGAAUUACGGACCCCCGGCUCCGUAUGAUUUUGGAUAUUCAUCAGAAGACCGAGAUGGAUCCCACGGACAUAGUCAAUCUUCAGAUGGACGAACAGUGAGAGGACAUUACAUGAUUCAGCUCGCCGACGGCCAUAUGCGACGCGUUGAGUAUUACGCAGACGAGACUGGAUUCCACGCGAAUAUCCUGACAAAUGAGCUGGGCACCGAAUCCAAAGAUGCCGCAGACGCCUUCUAUCAAUCAUCCGCCAUCACCGGUGAGCAAGCAGCUCUGCAGUAUGGCAAUGGCCCCGCUAAUUCCAACUGGUAG